UUCCUUUACUAUAGCCCUUUCUCGAUGCGGGGAAACCGGUCGACCUCUGCAUUAAAAGGAAACUUGAUUAAUGUAUUUUAUUGAAUUUGAUUUUCACUAGAAAAUCGUGAAUUCAAUCUGUUAGUACUGGUGCAAUGGAGAAAAAUAAUCUAGGCGCAUGGUAAAACACAGGUCUAUUAAGCCGCCGUUUUCCUAGGCAAAGUUUCACUAAUUUUAAGUGAAUCUGUUAACUAUUUUUCGUUCAGCUGGACGUGUGAGGAAUCCGUAGAUUAGUAACGGAAAUGAAGCUUACGGCGAAACUCUUGCGGACUGUGCAAGCGGCGGCCGAUCAAAAAUUGACAUUUACUCGCCAGUGGCUUCUCUAUGAUGCCCGGCACCAAAACCCGUUUGAGAGUUCCGAACUCAUUGCGGACGUCUUGCAGGGCAAGAAGAAGCCCAUGUUUCAUCCGAUGCUAGACUCCGGAGAUCACGUUGUUGUGAUCAACUGUAAAGAAAUUGCGAUGCCAUGGUAUGAGUGGAAGUUCAGGAUGUAUUAUCAUCAUACUGAUUACGCUGGCGGAGCAUCUUGGACAUCGGCAUGGGAAAUGCACGAUAGUAACCCAACUAAAGUAAUGGAAAAAGCCGUUUAUCGUGCUAUUCCCGGAGAUCUCCUUCGACGUUUACGAAUGUCGCGACUUCAUCUGUUCGCCGACGACAAAAUUCCAGACAAUAUUAAGCAAAACCUGAGCUACCAACUCCGGCAGCUGAAAUCAAUUCCACGUAAGCUAGAGGAAAUACCCGAGGAAGAGCGAAAAAACUUCCCGAAAUUGUUCGAGCACCCACACGACUUUGUUUUGUAGCUUUGAACAAAUAUUUAACGACAUUUGUCGUGACAGCACUGAAUAAAGGAGUUGCGUUUUACUUUUAGGAAAUGUUUACACUAACAGUUGUCGAUGUGUUGAUUUUGUAGGUGUAAAUGCGGCCAGGACCGGUCGAUUUACGUAUAUUUCGUACAUGGUUGUAGUUUAUUAGGUAGGGGCAAGUAUAUUCUAAAGGCCUUUAUUGUAAAGGGUACUUCAAAGAACGUGUAAAAUCCAUACAUCUAACGCUCAUCGUAAGACAACAAUAAUCUUUGAAGAUAUGACAAUGUGGGUAAUGGAGAUAAUAAUAUCAUAAGUCGUUUCUCAGGGUUAUAUUCAUAAUCAGUCCCCUACUGAGGAACGCGCACUAGCGAUAGUAGCAUUAGCAGUCGCUGGUUAGCUAGCAGUAGCUAGCAGAUCUUUUCGCGGAGUCGCUUUAGAAAUACGUCGAGAUCCAAUGGCAGCUUGAUCUGUUAUAGAGACAGUUCAAGAAACAUAGAGUUCAGCUGAAGUUCAUUGAACUUCACAUAUGGAAUUCACAUAUUGAAAUUCACAUGUGAUCCCGCAGAAAGUCAGUUUUGCAUUGUAGACCUCGACAUCAACGUUCCAAAAGGCUUUUGUUAAAAUCUGGUCAAUAGUGACAUUUUCUGAAGAAUGUAUAUGAUGCGAAAAAAAGGUCUUCCAGGAUUUGAAUUUCGGCCCUCUCAUCUAUAGCAAUAAACAUACCCAUAGAUUAACGACCCACGACAUUUUUUAUUUUAACGACCGAAUUCAUUAUUUACGAGUUAUGCAAUACAAAGAAACUUGUAAAAUUAAUGUGUCUUUUGAAAUACAUAAAAAUUAAAAUUAUAACCAGUAACCCAUCAUCUACCAAAAUUACAUUUGUUUAAUAUAUAUCAAAGUUUUUCAAUGCCGAAGAGAGUUUAACAAGCAUUUCUAUUUCGUUAGAAUUUAAUAGCUUCUCAAUGUUUUUUUUUAGGAACUUGUUGCGAUGGAUAAAAGGGUAAAGACAGAGCGAGUUUUAUACUAGAUUGGCAAAAAAUGUGUUAUAAAAAGAUAAAGCGCUUGGUAGCUUUCUGUUGACUCUGUUAACAGAAAGCUACCAAGAGUCAAGUCAUUUUUAUACCCCUGCUAGAUAUAGUUCACGGUCUAAAUGAUACGCAGCUUGAAGAAUUGACCUGGGAUAAAAGAAAAACUAGAUAAGUUA